CGCUCGGCUCCGUUCGGCUCGGUUCGGCCCCGCUCGGCCAUGGCGAAGCGGGCGGCGCUCCCCGCCGGGCCCCUCGGGGACGAUUUCUCCUUCGUGAGCCCGGUGGCCAAGUACGUGCUGUUCUUCUUCAACCUGCUCUUCUGGAUGAUCUCCAUGGUGAUGGUGGCCGUGGGGGUGUACGCCCGGCUGCUGAAGCACGCAGAGGCGGCCAUGGCGUGCCUGGCAGUGGACCCUGCCAUCCUCCUCAUCGUGGUGGGCGUCCUCACCUUCCUCAUCACCUUCUGCGGCUGCGUGGGCUCCCUGCGGGAGAACAUCUGCCUGCUGCAGGUGUUCUCUGUCUGCCUGACCAUCAUCUUCCUCCUGCAGCUGGCGGCCGGCGCGCUGGGCUUUGUGUUCUCUGAUAAGGCCCGCGAGAAGGUCAGCGAGAUCAUCAACGGGGCCAUCGUGCAUUACCGGGACGACCUGGACCUGCAGAACCUCAUCGAUUUCGGGCAGAAGGAGUUCAGCUGCUGCGGGGGUGUCUCCUACAAGGACUGGUCCCAGAACAUGUACUUCAACUGCACGGCCACCAACCCCAGCCGUGAGCGCUGCUCCGUGCCCUUCUCCUGCUGCCUGCACGAUGCUGACCAGGCUGUCAUCAACACCAUGUGUGGCCACGGGAUGCAGGCCAGGAGCUACCUGGAGGCCAGUGCCUUCAUCCACACCAACGGCUGCAUCGACAAGCUGGUCAACUGGACCCACAGCAACCUCUUCCUGCUGGGGGGCGUCGCCCUGGGGCUGGCCCUGCCCCAGCUGGUGGGCAUCGUCCUGGCGCGGCUCCUCAUCAACCAGAUCCGCGACCAGAUCAAGCUGCAGCUCUACAACCAGCAGCACCGGGCAGACCCCUGGUCCUGAGCCCGCACCCUCCCCGCGGCACGGCGGCGCUCCGGGGCCAUUCCCGAGCCCGAGGGGCUCCGCUGGACCACAGGGAAUGUAGAUCUGCGGUGGCUGCACAGGAGACUCCGUGCCUUUGGCAGCCGGUGCUGGGCUCGGCCUGGAGGUGCUGAGCUGAAGCAGCUGAAGCCGGGGAAUCGCUGCCUGUCCGUCUGUCCUGCUGGCGCACAAAGCUUCGCACUGGGAUGUGCUUCCCCUCCCUGCGAGUGCUGGAGAAGGACGUCUGUCUGUCUGUCGGUCUGUCUGUGUGUCCGUGCACCGAGCUGCCUUCACCCAGGCCGGGCUGCGGGGCCGGGGAUGUCCCCCCCCCGUGUCCGGGUGUCCGUCUCGGUGUCGCUGGCCGCGGGGACAGCUGAGGGGACCGAGGGGUGCCGGGCUGUGCCCGUUCCUUGCCUUUCCCGGACAAUAAAGACAGGAGGCCGUACGCGGCGGGCUGUGCCGGGCUGCAGAGGCCGCAGGGGACACGGCGGUGCCUCUGGGGACACAGAGGCCGCGCCAGGCCCUGUGCGGCUGUGAGACCCCAAAACGAGGAGGGAACGCGGCUGAAGGGCCUGGCCCGGCCCCUCGGAGCUGUCGCAAACCGUGGGUGGAGUUUUUGGGGUUGGGUUUUUAGUUUUGGUUUUUUUUUUUUUUUUUUUUUUUCUUUUAAUGUUCCCUUCGGCUCGGGCUGGGUGGUCCCUCCCGCGGAGGGAGCCGGG